AUGUGGACGUCCGACACGGAGCUCCUGGACCUGCGCGAGGUCCGACGUCGACGGGAAGCGUACGCUCGAGCGCUGGACCACCAGAUUGAGCAGCGCCGCUCGCAUCACCAGCAGCAGCAAAAGGAGGAGGAGGAACUGGAGCGCAAACUCGCGCCGAGCGAGCGCGCGCCGUCCAAGUGGCUGGUUGAAGGUGGUCACUCGGACCUGCCAGCGACUGCGGCAUCGCCAUCGUUGGCCCAGAGCGAUGGUCUUUGCGGUGAGAAGAGACAGGAGCGAGGCGUGAAUACGGAGGAAGUGACUCGUGCGGCGCUGUCGCACCCGCGGUUCCGAGUCAUUGACGAGCGCGAGGCGAGCGAGAGGCUGCGUGGACGUGCGCAGCAGAUGCAGUGGAAACAGAUCUUGGACGAGCAAGUGCGGGAGAAGAGGAGGCUGAAGAAGGAGGAAGAAGAAGCGAGGAGACGAAGGGAGGAAGACGAGGUGAAGGAGGAUGUGCGCUGCGUUGAGGAGCAAAAGCAGCAGCAGCAGCAGGAAAAACGAGGACAGUGUGUAUCUGAAGAGGCACGUGAUUCCCGGGCCGGACCUUUGCACUAUGCAUUGUCGUUACCGCCCGAGGUUGUGACAAUGAAACGACAGCUGAACGAUGCUGGACCAAAUCCAUACAACAGGGAACCUGACCGUGGUCAACGUGAGGAUGACUAUGUGUUGUUGGAUCGUCACAGACUUCAGCCGAGUGGAAGUCCAGAUAUUGCAGCAGGCCAAUUGCCUUCUCACACGACCUUGCGAAUGCAAAUGUCACGAGAAGGUAAACGAAGUAGUGAAAACGACGAAUACCGCGAUCUGUUUGAUCGCAGCGAACGCACUAGAAUGGGUGACCGACAGCUACCUUGCGGUGAUGAUACUACGCCGAACUCACAGCAGCCCGUGAUUGGGCCAAGGCGCAUAAUUGAUGAGUACCGCUCGCUGCUUAUGGAGAUUCGUCGUGAACGCGAAGAACUUCGACGUGAUCGGGAUGACGUACGACGUGAAAAAGAUGAGUUGCGCGUGCAGCGUGCGCUGUUGCAGCUUGAAAAUGAAAAAAUGGCUUGUUUGGUGGAUGCACAAAGGGCGCUCAAUGAGCAGCAUCAGGCUGAUCUUCAUUCGCGGCUGGCGCAGAAGAUUCAACAACCGCGGCAGUACCAGGAGCCGGCGAAGCAGCAUCGAUUGUCACCGAUACAGGACAGUGUGUGCGGGAGUUUCGAUCUUCUGAAUCAUCAAGGCCGCGUGUCUGGAACGAAGGUGUACUCGCGACUGAGCCAGAUUCGCCAGGGCCUCAGCGAUCUAAGUAUGCACGACGAGCAUCCUCAGCCAGCUAUGCAAGCGCGACGAAGAAAUUCACCAAGCCCAAUGUCCAUGGCAGAUUUUGUAGCGCCUACACCUAACAAACGAAUGACCAACGACUUUGUGUACUCACCAGACUUCCAGCAAUCGUCACAAAACCGCUCCACUUCGGCGGUGACAAUCGAAAACGACGGUAACGAGAUGGACCGGUCUCUGGCUGGCGAGAGCGUCUUUGUCCCACUGAGUCCCAAUUCGUCGAAUCACAUCAACAACGGACCGGCAUCGCGGACUGCUUCUCCCUUGACAUCAGACAUCAAUAGUUGUCCUACGAAUUAUCUUGAAGGCAGUCGCGUGAUAGAAAGCCGGGGCUUUUACGACUUCCACCAGAAGUCUAAGAGUCGUGAAAAGGCUGACAUUUUCGUCAAUGGAUCAAUCACUGGUAGCGGUAUCGCUUUGGAUCAUGAUAGCAGGUCUGAUGGCAAUGAUGCCGGUAACGCAGAGGACGAGCUCAGUCAGUCGACGACGAUAGCGGAGCCAUCACGCUUAGCAGCCAGCAGCAACUUUGUCCAGGGACAAGGCCUGUAA